AUGAAGAUGCAGGCCGAGGUGAUCCGCGAGGGCGAGCUGGAGAAGCGCAGCGACAGCCUCUUCCAGCUGUGGAAGAAGAAGCUGGUGGUGCUCACCAAGGACAGCCUGAGCCUCUUCCCCGACGGGCACAGCAAGCGCGCCAAGGGCAAGGAGCUGGGCUUCGGCUCCAUCCUCAAGGUGGACUGCGUGGAGCGCACGGGCAAGUACAUCUACUUCACCAUCGUCACCAAGGACCGCAAGGAGAUWGACUUUCGGUGCCCGGACCAGAGCUGCUGGAACGCCUCCAUCACCAUGGCCCUCAUCGACUUCCAGAACAAACGCGCCAUCCAGGACUUCAAGAGCCGCCAGGAGCUGGAGCAGGCGGCGGGCACCCAGGAGCGGCGRCUGGCGCGGGCGCCCUGAGCCCCYGCGCGCGCCCGGCACACGAGCAUACCGCUGGCUGAUAACCAGAUCAAGUGUCUUGGACUGAAAUGGAACAGGGUACCAAUGAAGGAAAGCGGAGACGGAAGCUGGAAGCGGCUUGGUUUUUCGUCGAGCCUGGUUGAGGCUGCUGAGCAAAGAGCCCCGCGCUUUGCCCAAGAUGCAUUAAAAAAUAAAAAAAGAAAGAAAAAAAAAAAAAACAUGAAACCAAAGACUUUCGAAAGGACUUGCAGAGAAGCGCCCACGUGUUCAGGGUGGCGCGGCUUUGCCGGCAAUUAUCUCCUAUUUAUGAGAUGCAAGGAAGAUUCAACACUGACUGGUGGUGUUACGAACGAUUUUAAGUUAUUUGCAGUAUCUAUAUUUGUAUUUAUUUUGAUGAAUGUCUUUCAGCUGUUGUUAGUCUUAAUAUUGCUUUUACAUUAA